UGUGUUGCUGUGCAGCUGAAACUCCAGACGGAUGCAUUUCCUCCACGGCUCCACGUCCAGGAGGCAGCUUUGAAACCCCUCCACCGCUGCUCUGUCUCGUCCCUUUCAUGUCCUCUGAGACGUCCUGAGGACCUCUGGUCUGGAGUCUUCAUCUGCAGGUCAGAUGUCGGUUGCUCUGAGUUAUUUAUACCACACACUUUGAGAUUCAGAGCUUUUCCCCGGAGCGCCGGCGUCUGGUCCGAUUCAUCCUCGUCUGGGUUUGUCUUUUUUUGUUUGGGACGGAGAGAUGAGGGCUGAGGUGCUGCUGGUCUGGGUCGGUCUCACCCUGAGCUUGGUCCUGGUCUCCGCCCGGGAUCAGGAGGGGAAGGAGACCUCGGCAGGACCGGUCCAGGUGAGAGAAACCAGAGGACUGGUCAAGAACCGGAGACAGGAGGAGGACGGAGACGUGGAGAUGAGAGAUGAGCCGGUGGUAGAGGCAGAGAAACCAAAGAAGAAGAAAACACCUGAGGAGAUUGAGGAAGCCAGAGCAAAGAAGGCUGCAGAGAAAGAGGCCAAAGCCAAGAAGCAGAAAGCCCCGAAACCGACCAAAAAGCCCAAAGCUCCAAAACCCACCAAGAAACCAAAACCACCCAAACCCACCAAGAAGCCGAAAGCGCCCAAACCCACCAAGAAACCGAAGGCGACCACCACCACCACCACCACCACCACCACUGCAGCGCCGCCGGACGUACGGAGUCGUUCUCCAGAGGAGGAGGAGGAGGAGAAGCUGCUGACUGUGUUGGGCUGGGACAUACCGAAUCAACCCGUGCAUCAGCCUGAGGGGGAGGAGCCUGUAGAGCCAGACCUGGAAAAGUGGCGGCUGAGAGCAAACAAGAAAGACACAACCACAGAGGCCAUCGUGUACAUACCAGAGGAGACCACCGCCCCGUACGUGGGCCCCUGGUACGAGGAGUACGACUACGCCGACCUGGCGGCGAAAAAACAGGAAGAAGAGGAGGAGAGAGCUCGGAAGGAGAAGGCGGAGAAAGCCGAGCGGCUGAGGAAGAAGUGGGAGGAGGAAGAAGAGGAGAGGCUGAGGCAGAUCUCAGUUCCUGCGCAGCCAAAAAAGUGUCCUCCUCUGGGCCUGGAGUCCCACCGGGUGGAGGACGACCAGCUGCUGGCUUCGUCUCAGUCCCAUCAUGGCUUCGCGGCUCAGAGGGGACGUCUCAACAUGCAGGGCUCUGACAACGAGGACGACCUGUACGGGGGUGCGUGGUGCGCAGAGCCGGAGGAGCAGAACCACUGGUUCCAGGUCGACGCCCGACGAGAGACCGAGUUCUCUGGGAUCAUCACUCAGGGGAGAAACUCAGAGCAAAUCGAGGACUUCGUGUCGUCCUUCCACGUGGCCUUUAGCAACGACAGCCGCGACUGGACCGUGAUGCACGACGGCUACGCUGAGUGGUUGUUCUACGGGAACGUGGAUAAGGACACGCCGGUGAUGAACGAGUUUUCCUCCCCGGUGGUGGCUCGCUACAUCCGCAUCCUGCCGCAAAGCUGGAACGGCAGCUUGUGUCUCCGAGCCGAGAUCCUGGCCUGUCAGCUGCCCAGUAGCUACCAAAGUGAGAAUGAAGUGAACCCGUCUGACGACCUGGACUUCAGACACCACAACUACAAGGAGAUGAGACAGAUGAUGAAGCUGAUAAACGAGGAGUGUCCCAACAUCACCAGGAUCUACAACAUCGGGAAAAGCUCUCAGGGCCUGAAGAUGUACGCCAUGGAAAUCUCUGACAACCCCGGAGAGCACGAGACAGGGGAACCCGAAUUUCGUUACACGGCCGGUCUCCACGGUAAUGAGGCGCUGGGCCGGGAGCUCGUCCUCCUGCUGAUGCAGUUCCUGUGCAAAGAGUACAAGGACGACAACCCGAGAGUGCGCCGCCUGGUGGACGGAGUGAGAAUCCACCUGGUGCCGUCGCUGAACCCGGACGCCUACGAGCUGGCCUUCGAGAUGGGCUCGGAGAUGGGGAACUGGGCUCUGGGCCACUGGACCGAAGAAGGCUACGACAUCUUCCAGAACUUCCCAGACCUCAACAGCAUCCUGUGGGGGGCCGAGGACCGAGGCUGGGUCCCUCGUAUCGUCCCAAACCAUCACAUCCCCCUUCCAGAGAACUUCCUCAACAGUUCUCUUGCAAUUGAGACCAAAGCUAUAAUUUCCUGGAUGGAGCGCACGCCCUUCGUGCUGGGAGCCAAUCUGCAAGGAGGAGAAAAACUGGUCGCGUACCCGUUUGACAUGCAGCGCCCAUCAAGUUCUUUGACCGACAACCGGCGCUGGAGAAGUAACGGGGAGAUGAACGAGGAGACGUGGGCUCGGAUCCAGCGGCAGAACGAAGGAGCUCUGAGGGAGACGCCGGACGACGCCAUGUUCCGUUGGUUGGCGAUGUCGUACGCCCACAGCCACCUGACCAUGACGGAGACCUACCGGGGCUCCUGCCACGGGGACGACGUCACUGCGGGACAGGGCAUCACCAACAGGGCCAGCUGGAAGCCGGUGGUGGGCAGUAUGAACGACUUCAGCUACCUGCACACCAACUGCUUCGAGCUCUCCAUCUUCUUGGGCUGUGACAAGUUUCCCCACGAGAGUGAACUUCCUCUUGAGUGGGAGAACAACCGCGAAGCUCUGCUGUCCUUCAUUGAACAGGUUCAUCGAGGAAUCAAGGGAGUAGUGAGAGAUGUGGAUGGAAAUCCUCUGUCUAAUGCCACCAUCUCUGUGGAGGGAAUACGGCACGACGUGAGAACUGCUCCAGGAGGCGAUUACUGGCGGCUCCUGAAUCCUGGCGAGUACCGAGUGACGGCCAAAGCCGACGGCUACACGCCCCAGACUCGCCUCUGCAUGGUGGGCUACGACUCCGGAGCAACUUCCUGCAGCUUCACCUUGGCCAAGUCCAACUGGGACCGCAUCAAACAAAUCAUGGCGCUCAACGGUAAGAGGCCCAUCCGGCUGGUGACCAGAGUGAAAACCACCACGGCGAGGCCGGUCACCACCACCACGCUGGCCACGGAUACUCACGAAUACGCUCAGAGAGCAGAGAGACUCAGGCGGCUAAGGAUCAUGCGUCUGCGAAGGAGGCGUCUGCAGAGAUUACGAGCCGGCCUUGGCACCACGUCCACAACAACCACAACAACCACAACCACAACAACAACGACAACAAUCACCACAACUCCACCGGAAACCGAGAAAACAACCUCCUGGUACGACUCCUGGUUUCCGGUGGACGGGUGGUCGACUGAGAACCCGUUCGAUAGCGUCUUCAACUCGGAGCCCACGCAGGACUAUCACUUUGAGUUCACCAUUGACUGAUUCCCUCUGUCACGUGAAGACAUUACCAAGCACUUCAACAUCACAAGUAUUUAGCUUUCAGAAAUAUACAGAAUGGAGGGGGCGGAUGAUUUUAACUGUGCCUCCAUGACACACAUAUUUUUGAUAAGUUCUUUACCAGAGACUUGAUCAGGAAUAUAAAGCCUCUGCUGAGCAGAGACUACACAUCUUUGAUUGGCUCUGGGUUAAAUACAACAUACACUGUGUUACAAUACAAGUAAGACACGAUUAGAUUUUGUUGAUAGGAAACGUAGGAUGGGUGUCUCUGUUUCUUUAAGGCCUUUACCGUGUGCUAGUUGGCCUCAGUUAAACUGAUUGAUUGUACUGGUGAAUGCAUUUGAUUCAAAUAAAGUUAUUUUCUGAAUUACA